AUGCGACUUUACGAAUCAAUAUUUGCCAACCUUGGAAUUUGUGAAGGAUUCGGCCACGCACAGAUGGAAUUCGUCCACGCGCUGACCUUCGUAGCCGCCCACUGCCCCUUUCCUUUUUUUUCCUUCAGCUUUGCAAUGAAGGCUGCUUUCGACAUCAUGUUUCAAUGUACACUGUGUGAAAAGGCCUAUCAGAGGAAGACGCAUUUAAUUCGUCAUGAAGCGACCCAUACACAGCAGCCCUCUUCCAGCUGUCCUUUAUGCAGCAAAGCAUUUGUAAAGCCUGAGGUCGCACGAAGACAUAUCAAAACCUGCGCAAAAAAGUUCAACCAACCUGCGCCUCCUGCAGCCAAGCCAGGCAGGAAAAGGCAUUCCUGCGAGCUAUGCUUCUUUGCCAAAGUAUCAUGCGACCGAAAUUCACCGUGCUCUCGCUGUCGCUCCCUUGGGCGACAAUGCACUUUCGUAACCCAAGAGGUGCCUUCCCGGGAUCCCAGUUGCUCUGCAGUAACCUCGCUCUCGCCGUCUAUAACCGUAUCGCGAGCCACCUCAAGAGACAGUGGGUCAUUUUCUUUUCUCCAACACUUUGCCAAUCCUUCUUUCCAAAGGGACAGGCUGGCAAUUGGGGAAACGGCAAAAUGUUCUGUUCGAAGAAACCUCGAAACACUCAAUUCCCAUAUCGAAGAUGCUCUCGUUCCCACUGAUCCUAUGUCGGCUUUUGGCGAUUUCCAACUUACAAGUCUGCCUUUCCAAAUACCAUCAACUCUACCCUCUUUCACGGAUGAUUAUCUCCUUCAGUUCAACCCUGAUACACUCUUUCCUUCGAAGCUAUCCAACCAAUUAUCCGUGAUUAUGACAGAGUUGGUCGACACUUCAAAGUCAAUGGGGCUUGGCACUGCAGGAACGCUAAACCCACUUGAUUUUAUGGAGCUUUCUACUCUGUUGGGGGUCUCCAAUAUCUCCGCUUCUAUCUCUGCGUUCUUCCACUCUCUUCACUGGCAUUUACCCGUGGUGCAUUUUCCAACCUUCGACCCAGGGAACAUCUCCAAUCCUCUGUUACUCUCAAUAUUUUUAUCCGGUGCCACAUAUACUAUUCCAUUGGAUGGAGGUGCCCUACCAUCCGGUCUCUUCGAUGUCGCAGAAGAGUAUAUAUUUCGGAAAAUUGCGGAUCUAUCGACGGUCGCUUCAACGAAAGACCAGUCGCAUCUGUUAUCAACUGUACAACUACUACAAAGUGCUCUCAUUAUUGAGAUGCUUCAAUUUGGACAGGACAAUAUGCAAACAAGACGUCGCAUUCGCAUCGUCCGACAUCCAUGUUUGGUAUCCACCAUACGAUCCCUAGGGAUUUUUCAGCUCAAGCGAGGAACCGCUCCCACCGUUUCUCCAAGAAUCGCAUGUUGGGUCUUUCUAGCGGAUGGAUUCCUCACAGUCUGCUUCAAGAACCACCCGUCAAUAUCGGUCUUCGAAAUGGACUGUCAUUUUCCCUGGAAUGCCGGGUUAUGGGAAGCCGAAAACGCAUCCUCUUUCAGCAGAAUUGCCAUGUCGCACUCGACGGAGCUCCCGCUUCCUCCCCUGAAAGAUGUGGUCACGCAGUUGCUCGAAACCCAUCUAAGUAAUGACCGAAUACCAUGGGGUCUUUCGGUAUCAGUAGAGCAUCUCCUAAUUCUGAUUUAUGCCAUUAACUCCCUCGCAUUCCAGGCGAGAGCGGGCUUGUUAAGAUACCUAUCUCUCGAUAGAAUACGCUGUGCAUCUGGUAACUGGAAGCUCAUCUGGGAUUCUGUCAUUGGUCUCCUGGAUAAAGAUCAAUUUCUUCACCUUGGGUAUCCGAAACACGCUCAGGAGCUUUGGUGGUUGUUGAAUGCCACGCUGGAUGCUACCGGUAGAUCUGAUGUCAGCCUUCGGUAUAUGGAUAACACUGCUACCGAUGACUUGGGGAAUUUGAAUGAAUUCAUUCAAUGGUGCCACCAAGCUCCGUCAUGA